AUGGCCGAUCAUCAUGUGGAUGAGCCGCCUAACAAGCGGGCUAAAAUGGUCCGGGAUCCUUUCCAGGGUCCCUCGGACACAGGAGAAGGGUUUUCUAACCUGGACAUGUUCGACCUUGAAAAGGACCUCCCUGAUGAGUUGAUGGCAGGUUCUUGGGGUGAACAACCAGGUGUCACGGGACCUAAGCCCCCGGCGCAGGGACCUGGCCCCGGGGGACAAAUGCAGCAGCAGCUAAAUGGAGAUGACCCAACAGCUGCAAUGCAAAGGCAAAUAAAUAAUCACCUUAUACAACAAGGCAACAAGGGUGGCUUAGUUGGCCACAACAACCCUUUAGGAUUGAGUAGUUUAGGAAGUAAGAGCCCUAAUUUACAGUCGCCACCAAAUGUGUCGGUCUCAAAGGACCUUAUGGGUGGCAUGCUUCAGCAACUUAUACCAAAUACAAGUCAUCCAAAUCAACUGCAUUCAUCUAUGCCAAUGAGCUCUAUUCAAGGUGGGAUGAACGUAGCGAACGUGGGCGGCAAUAUGGUAGUGACGAACAGCAACAUGACCGGGCCGAACAUGCUCGGCGGCGGCAUCAUCAACAACGUCAACAAGCAGCUGCCCACGCUCAUCGGCAACAACCACCACGCGACGCCUCCCCACCAUCCCCACGCGCAGGCGAUGCAGAAUGGUCCCCUCGGCGGUAGAGUAGGGGGCGUGGGCGGCGUGGGCGUGGGCAUGCAGGCGCCCAGCAUGCGCGGCGGGCUGGCGCACGGAGCGCACGCGUCGCACGCCAUGCACGCGUCGCACGCCGGGCACGCGGCGCACGCGGCGCACGCACACACGCGCAUGGGCGCGCCGGGCGGCGGCGGCCACCCCGCGGCGCCCUACCACCCCGCCUACGGGCAGCCGGCGGCGGGCGGCGCGGCGCAGCGCGCGGCCGGCGUGCGCUUCGGCCCGCCGCCCGAGGCGGGCGGGGGCGCCGCGCAGGCCGUCCCGCCCGCGCCCUCGCCGCAGACCCCCGGCGCGCCGGCCGGCGGACAGUCGCAACCGCAAGCGGCGACGCAGUCGGCGUCGGCGCAGCCCGCGCAGCCGCCCAACACGGGCCCCAUCGCGGACCCCGAGAAGCGCAAGCUGAUCCAGCAGCAACUGGUGCUGCUGCUGCACGCGCACAAGUGCCAGCGCCGCGAGAGCCAGUCCAACGGCGAGACGUGGCAGUGCACGCUGCCGCACUGCAAGACCAUGAAGAGCGUGCUCAACCAUAUGAUGUCGUGUCAGGCGGGAAAAAAUUGUGGCGUACCUCAUUGUUCAUCAUCAAGACAAAUCAUAAAUCAUUGGAAGCAUUGCAAUAAAAAUGACUGUCCUGUUUGCUUACCUCUCAAACAAGCAGACAGAACUAGAACAAAUCCUAUGAAUGCGGCUGCCGUAUCCCACUCGAGCACGGGUGUGGGGUCGGUGGGCAGCGUGGGCACCGCGGGUGGCGGCGGUGUGGGAGUGGGCGUGGGCUCUGUCAGCGUGAACGUAGCCACUGCGCCUGCGCCCAACGCCCUCCCAGCCGUUAACCCCCUUGGAGUUGGUGCAGGCGGCGUAUCAGCAUCGUCCGCAGCGACCGGCAACGCCGUAGGGGUCGGCUCCGUAGGUAACGUAGGGGUGGGCGUGGGCAGCGUGGGCGCGGGGGCGGACAUGAAACGCGCGUACGAGGCCCUCGGGAUCACGUGCCCUACGUCAGUGGCAGGGAUGGUGGGCGGUUUCGCGCGAGCGCCCCUCGGUCGUCUGCCCGCCCCGCGCGCGCCGCCCCUCCCGGACGUGCUGCCGCAACCGCCCAUGCAGCAGCUAUUCGCUCACCAACAGCAACCUGACCUGCAGCAACAACAACCGCAGCAACAACAGCAGCAACAACUUAUGAGUACGGGAACAUUACAAUUACCUGGAGGACCCGUCACUGCCAAUCCCGUUUCUGGAACGAAAGAGUGGCACCAGUCUAUAACGCCUGAUCUCAGAAACCACCUUGUUCAUAAACUGGUACAAGCUAUCUUUCCAACACCGGAUCCCACGGCAAUGCAAGAUAAAAGAAUGCACAAUUUAGUCGCGUAUGCGAGGAAAGUCGAAGGUGACAUGUAUGAAAUGGCGAGUACACGUUCUGAAUAUUAUCAUUUACUUGCCGAGAAAAUAUAUAAAAUUCAAAAGGAAUUAGAAGAAAAGAGACAAAAAAGAAAAGAGCAGCAACUUCAAGCGCAGCAAGCACAACAGCAACAGCAAAGUCAGCUGCAGCAACAGCAGCCUGGAGGUGUGUUAGCCGGCGGAGUAAUGGGCGGCGUCCGCCCCACGGCGCCGGGGGUGGGCGUCGGGGUGGGAGUGGGCGUAGGCGUCGGCCGGCCCAAUCUGGCAACGCAACCCGGCCUCCCGGCGAUGCGUAUACCUUCGCCAGGCAUGCCGCUCUCUAUGCCCGGCAAUCGCAUGGCAUAUCAACCCAACCUCGUUGGCCCUCCAGGACCUAGCCCUAAUCAGAUGCCGCAAACACCCAACGGCGGUAGCGUCGGCGGCGUGGGUAGCGUCAGCAACCCGGGCAUGUCGCCGUUCGGGCAGCCGAUGACGUCGCCCGCGCCUCAGUACCCGCUGCAGACCAACGGGCCCGCGCCGCUCGCGUCGCCCGGCCACAGCGCGGGGGACGCCAAGCGCAUCGCCGGGCCCGUCGCCAGCCCCUUCAUGAACCACACGCCCUUCCGCAACGAGACGGGCGCGCCGUCCCCGGUGGGCGCGGCGCUGGGCGGCGCCGCCACGCCCGCCACGCCGCUCGCGCACGCCAGCCCGGCGCCCGACGCGCGCCCCGCCUCGCGCCCGCCCUCGGCCGCCGCCCACGUGUCGGCGCAGAUGGCCGCCAUCACCGCCGCGCCCGCCGACGACAGCCCGCCCGACAUCAAGCGCGACCCCGACGACGUGCGCGUCAAGGACGAGCCCGACGACCCCGACCUCGGCGGCAAGGGCCCCCGCGACGAGACGCCCCGCGACCGCGACCGCGAGCCGGACCCCUUCCUCAACAAACAAGAAAUAAAGAAAGAAAUCAAAGAGGAGCCCGUAGAUACCACGCCUAGCACGGAGGGCGCGUCCGACAGAGGCCCCAAGAAAACGUUCGCAUUUAAACCAGAAGAACUCCGACAAGCGUUAAUACCGACACUCGAAAAGCUUUUCCGGCUCGACCCGGAAUCGGUUCCGUUCCGUCAGCCGGUUGAUGCGCAAGCGCUCGGCAUCCCAGACUAUUUUGACAUAGUUACGAAACCUAUAGAUCUGUCAACGAUCAAGAUGAAGCUCGACCGUGGCGAAUAUAAAGAUCCUUGGGAGUAUGUGGACGAUGUGUGGCUUAUGUUCGAGAACGCGUGGUUGUAUAAUCGGAAGAACUCGCGUGUAUAUAGAUAUUGUACUAAGUUAUCAGAGGUGUUCGAGGUGGAUAUCGACCCGGUGAUGCAGGGCCUGGGCUACUGCUGCGGGCGCAAGUACACCUUCAACCCGCAGGUGUUGUGCUGCUACGGCAAGCAGCUGUGCACCAUCCCCCGCGACGCCAAGUACUUCAGCUACCAAAAUAGUCUAAAAGCGUAUGGGGUUGUGUCCGAUAGAUACACCUUCUGCCAGAAGUGCUUCAACGACAUCCAGGGCGACACCGUCACGCUCGGCGACGACCCGCUGCAGCCCCAGACUGCAAUAAAAAAGGAUCAGUUCAAAGAAAUGAAGAAUGAUCAUUUAGAACAAGAACCAUUUGUGGUGUGCAUGGACUGCGGUAGGAAGCAACAUCAGAUAUGCGUACUGCAUCAUGACCAAAUAUGGCCUCAAGGCUUUUGCUGUGAUAAUUGUCUGAAGAAAAAGGCUGCGAAGCGAAAAGAGAACAAGUUUAGUGCUAAGAAACUGCCAACGUCGAAACUCGGCAUUUAUAUCGAGACCAGAGUCAAUAAUUUCCUUAAGAAAAAAGAGGCUGGUGCUGGUGAAGUGCAUAUCAGGGUUGUCGCAUCGUCCGAUAAGAUGGUGGAAGUGAAACCCGGGAUGAGGUCGAGGUUCGUGGAGUCUGGAGAGUUGCACGCUGAAUUCCCGUAUCGGGCUAAAGCGUUGUUUGCAUUUGAAGAAGUCGACGGAACUGAUAUAUGUUUCUUUGGCAUGCAUGUGCAGGAGUACGGUAGUGAAAGUCCAUCGCCGAAUACGAGGCGAGUUUAUAUAGCAUAUCUAGAUUCUGUACAUUUCUUCCAACCGAGGCAGUAUCGAACUGCCGUAUAUCACGAGAUUUUAUUAGGCUAUUUGGAUUACGCUAAGCAAUUGGGCUACACUAUGGCCCACAUAUGGGCCUGCCCGCCUUCAGAGGGCGACGACUAUAUAUUCCACUGCCAUCCGCCCGAACAAAAAAUACCUAAACCCAAGAGGUUACAAGAAUGGUACAAGAAAAUGCUAGACAAGGGUAUUAUAGAGAGGAUAAUUUUAGAUUACAAAGAUAUUCUUAAGCAAGCUAUGGAGGACAAUAUCUCGUCGGCCGCGGAGUUGCCUUAUUUCGAGGGAGAUUUCUGGCCCAAUGUUCUGGAGGAGUCGAUCAAGGAGUUGGACCAGGAGGAGGAGGAGAAGAGAAAGCAGGCUGAAGCCGCCGAGGCAGUGAUAUUCCAGUCUUCCGAAGAAAACGAGCAAGGCCCUGACGGAAAGAAGAAAGGGCAAAAGAAGGCGAAGAAAUCAAAUAAAUCUAAAGCUGCCCAGAGAAAAAAUAGUAAGAAACAAAGUGACCAGCAACAAGGCAGUGAUCUCAGUGCUAAGAUAUUCGCUACAAUGGAGAAACACAAGGAGGUGUUUUUCGUUAUUAGGCUACAUUCCGCGCAGUCUGCCGCUAGUUUAGCUCCAAUUCAAGAUCCAGACCCGCUCAUAAACUGUGACCUUAUGGACGGUCGCGACGCGUUUUUGACGAUGGCGCGAGAUCGUCACUACGAGUUCUCAUCGACGCGUAGAGCGAGGUUCUCAACACUCUGCAUGCUCUACGAGCUGCACAACCAGGGCCAGGACAAGUUCGUGUACACGUGCAACAGCUGUAAGUCGCACGUCGAAACGCGCUACCACUGCACCGUGUGCGACGACUUCGACCUGUGCGUGCCCUGCUACGACAAGGAGGGCCAUCCGCACAAGAUGGAGAAGCUCGGCCUCGACCUGGACGUGGGCUCGUCGCCGGGCGACAUGAAGCAGGCCAACCCGCAGGAGGCGCGCAAGCAGUCCAUCCAGCGCUGCAUCCAGUCGCUGGUGCACGCGUGCCAGUGCCGCGACGCCAACUGCCGCCUGCCGUCCUGCCAGAAGAUGAAGCGCGUUGUCACGCACACCAAGAUAUGCAAGCGCAAGACGAAGGGCGACUGCCCGAUAUGCAAGCAGCUGAUCGCGCUGUGCUGCUACCACGCAAAACACUGUAUGGAGACCAAGUGCUCGGUGCCGUUCUGCAGCAGCAUCAAGCAGAAGCUGAAGCAGCAGCAGGUGCAGCAGCGCGUGCAGCAGCAGCAGCUGCUCCGGCGGCGCAUGGCGGCCAUGAACACGCGCGGCGGCAUGUCGGGCGCGCCAUCGCCGCCGCCGCAGGCCGCGCCCGCGCUGGCGUCGCCGCCGCCCGCCAAGCCCGCCGCGCACGCACUCCCACACAAUGUACAGAAAGCGUUGCAACAGGUUCAAGAAGAGGCUGCGCGACAACAAGCGCCGUCGUACGGCAAGCAAUCGGCGAUGGGCCCGCCGGGCGUGGGCGGCGUGGGCGUGGGUGUGGGCGUAGGCGCGGGCGCGGUGCGCGGCGCGGAGUGGGGCGCGCGAUACCGCUCGCCCGCGCCGCUGCACCACGCGCCGCUGCACCGCCUGCCGCACCACACGCCCGCGCACGCGCCGCACGCGCAGAUGCCGCACCACGCGCAGCACGCGCAGCAUCCGCAGCACGCGCAGCACAACCCGGCCGCUAUACAGCAACGAGCCGGAGCGCCGCAGCAACAACAACAACCCCCCAUGCACCAGAAGGCACUCCAGCAGCUGAUGGCGACGCUGCGCUCGCCCACCAGCCACAACCAGCAGCAGGAGAUACUGCAGAUACUGAAGUCAAACCCGCCACUCAUGGCAGCUUUUAUCAAGCAACGGGCACAGAAUCAAAAUCAGCAACAAGCCGGCAGCGGCGUGCCGGUCGGCAACGUAGGCGUCGGCGUGGGCAACGUGGGCAACGUUGGCAACGUCGGCGUGGGCAAUGUGAACGUCGGCCUCGGCGCCGUGCCACAGCAGCAGCAGCAACUACAGCACAUGAUGCAGCCGCAGCAACAGCGGUUGCAGCAGAUGCACCAGAUGAUACCGCAACAGACACCAGGAUUAGGCGUGUCUGGUGUCGUAGGCGGGAACGUGAGCAACGUGUCGGGCGUGGGGCUCGGCGGCGUGGGUGGAGUCGGCGGUGUGGGCGGAGUGGGCGGCAUGUCGUCGGGAGCGCCCGGCUGGUUCAAGGGCGGACCGGCGGGCGGCAUGAUGGGCAUCCGUGGCGCGUACGCGGGCGCCAACACGGCGCCGCGGCUCGCCGCGCGCUACUUCCCGGGCGGCGGCGUGGGCGUGGGCGCCGUGGGGUCGGGCGUGCUGCAGCGCUCGCCGCCCGCCACGCCCUCGCCGCGCCCGCCCACGCCCUCCGAGCUGCUGAUGAUGCGCCAGUCGCCGGCGACGCCCGCGCAGCACGCGCCGCCCGACGACCAGCUGCCGCCGAUGACGCCGCAGGACCAACUCACCAAGUUCGUGGAGCAGUUG